AGGGGUGACUGGGGAUGCUCAGCUGGACAUCUGGCUUCCCAGGCAACAUGAAGGCUUUCCUUAUUCUCGGACUUCUCCUCUUUGCCAUCACUGUCCAAGGCAAGGUCUUUCAAAGAUGCGAGUUGGCCAGAACUCUGAAAAGAUUUGGAAUGGAUGGCUACAGGGGAGUCAGCCUGGCAAAUUGGAUGUGCUUGGCUAAAUGGGAAAGUGGUUAUAACACGCGAGCUACAAACUACAAUCCAGGAGGCAGAAGCACCGAUUAUGGGAUAUUUCAGAUCAACAGUCGCUGGUGGUGUAAUGAUGGAAAAACCCCAGGGGCCGUCAAUGCCUGUGGUAUUUCCUGCAACGCUUUACUUCAAGAUGACAUCACCGAAGCUGUUAACUGUGCAAAGAGGGUUGUCAGAGACCCACAAGGCAUUGGAGCAUGGGUGGCAUGGAAAAGCCAUUGUAGAAACAGAGAUGUCAGUCAGUACAUAAGUGGUUGUGGAGUUUAACUGCAAUUUCCCUUCUUCAGCUCAUUUUGUUUCUUUGCAUAUGGAGUAGCAGUUGAGGGGAAGGUCACAAUACCUUUUUUUUUUUUUCCAAACAAAUUGCUUUUAAACAGAAGUAGAAACAAAAUACGGUCUUUCCCCUAAGAGACGCAAUAUCUACUAAUGUGUUUAUUAUUUUAUAUGAAGCCUACAAGAUAUUUCAGUUUACUAACAGAAUGACUGUGAAAUUUUAGACUAUCCAUACAUUUCCAGUACAUUUCCAGGCUCUCUAGCCCUAAGGACUUUAAGACCAGUGUUGCACAGUGGCCUCACAGGAAACCCAAGAUACAGAACAGCUUUUCUUGAAGAGAUUGGUAGUUGUGGCCUUUAUGCUAAUGGAAAGGAGUUUUUAAAUGUUGCUUUUAUAGCUUUAGAAAUAAAAUCACAAUUUAUAUAUAUCAAUCUGUUUUCUUCCUUUAAAGAACUCUUCUAUGCAUCUGGCUUGGAUCGAAAGGAUUAGUUGAGCUGUUGCUGGUUUAGUGUUAUUGACCUAGAGUCAUGCAUUGUCACCAAACACAGAGACAGAUGAAUUUGCAGAAACUGAAAUAAUUGUAAUUAAUCACAGAUGUGAAAUUACACAUGUUGUAAACAAGACAUUUUUUUCAUUAAAGGCUU